GAGUAAAAAAUCCGAUACUGUAGAAAAAAACCUUUGGAACAUUGUACCUCCCUCUCCAAGAAACCUCUUUCGAAUUCCGAUUUCGAUCUCUGAAACUUUUCGAGUGGAGCGUAAGGAAGGAAGCGAGGAAUCAUCAAUGGAAGGUGAAGAAGGAACGCAGCAGCCGCAGCUGGUGUUGGCGCACAAGCUAUUCCUUCUCGCGCAACCUGAUGUGGACGACAUCGAAAAAGUUCGCAUUCGGGAUGAGGUCUUCAGCUUUAUCACUACCCACGAUAUGGCUCCACUGUACGAAAACCUAGUUGCCGACAAAGUUCUGAAUUUAGAUCAAAAUGCCCUCGAUUCGAUGCGUGCCAAAAUCGAGGAUGAAUUGAAGAAACUGGACGAGAAGAUUGCUGAUGCUGAAGAAAAUCUGGGUGAAAGUGAAGUUAGGGAGGCUCACUUGGCUAAAUCCCUAUUUUAUAUUCGAAUUGGUGACAAGGAGAAGGCACUCGAACAACUCAAGCUAACAGAAAGCAAGACUGUGGCAGUUGGACAAAAGAUGGAUCUGCUAUUCCACACAUUACAAAUUGGUUUCUUUCACAUGGACUUUGAUCUUAUCUCUAAAAGCAUCGACAAAGCCAAGAACUUGUUUGAAGAGGGUGGCGAUUGGGAGAGGAAGAACCGGUUGAAGGUGUAUGAAGGUUUAUAUUGCAUGUCCACUCGCAACUUCAAGAAAGCAGCCAGUCUUUUCCUUGAUUCCAUUUCUACAUUCACCACUUACGAGCUUUUCCCGUACGACACCUUCAUAUUUUACACUGUCCUUACAAGCAUCAUAUCCUUGGAUAGAGUUUCCCUGAAACAAAAGGUUGUGGACGCCCCGGAGAUAUUGACGGUCAUUGGAAAAAUUGCAUAUUUGUCAGACUUCUUGAACUCACUAUACGACUGCCAAUAUAAAUCAUUUUUUACAGCAUUCGCUGGGUUGACCAAGCGUAUCAAGUUGGAUCGCUACUUGCAUCCACACUUCCGGUACUACAUGAGGGAGAUCAGAACUGUCGUUUACUCACAGUUCUUGGAAUCUUACAAGAGCGUGACAAUAGAAGCUAUGGCCAAGGCAUUUGGAGUCUCCGUGGAUUUUAUUGACCUGGAGCUGUCUCGUUUCAUAGCAGCGGGGAAGUUACAUUGCAAGAUAGACAAAGUUGCCGGCAUUUUAGAAACCAACCGUCCCGAUGCCAAGAACGCCCUCUACCAAUCAACCAUCAAGCAAGGGGAUUUCUUGUUGAACCGGAUUCAGAAGCUGUCUCGUGUUAUUGAUCUUUGAAACAGACAGGUAUGUCGACUCCCAUGUUCUUUUAGGGUUACUUUGCUCGGAUAAGGUGUUCUUGUAUCGACCACUUGAGAAAAUUCAUAAACCUUUUUAUGUGAAAAUUCAUCGGUUUCUCGUAAACCUUUUUAUGUCUGAUUUCUAAUUUUAUUGGUGAAAAUGUUCUUUUUGCUUUGC